CGACGACGAUAACAACACGAUCGCAACACAAAUGUGGUUGCUACGACGGUUGGUUCCUUACUGAUGUGGUGGGGUAAAGCUACGGGCCUUAUGUAAGUAAGGUAAGGGUCCCUAGACAAGGUUUUCAAACUACCUUUCUCUCUGGCCCUCUUUCUUCCUUUCUUUCUUUUUAUAUCCCCACUCUAGAAUCGCGACCUGACUAAGCCAACCAUUCAAAAUCUCUCCAGGUGAACGAUCACACUCGAAGAUACUUGUAAUUACUUUUAUAUGAGAAAUGAUUGAGAAGAUCGACAAAUUUUCUUUGACAGUUUAUCUUUUUGCUAAGAAAUAUCGAAAAUUAUUCAAACCCUGCACCAUUUCUAUAAACGUAGAUAUCAAAUUUUGAACCAUCACCGUUAUCUUUCUCUUUCUUUCGCGUAGGCCCAAGACUAUUUUCAAAUAUCAAAGAUGCUUCUCCUUCUAACCGGUUUUUGUCCAGUUUGAACGUUAACCAUUACAAUCGCAUGGUGUAUCACAGAUAAAAACUAAAAGGAUCCUCUCCGAAAUAUACGUAGAUAGUAUGUUAGGACCUUGUUCAAAGAAACACGGCAUUGAACCCGUUGUACCCACGGUAUGAACCCCUGCGAAUAUCUGUUACGUGAUUUUUUGGAAAGCUUCAAACACGACUUGGCCAGUCAGCAGGCCGAAUAUCUAUUUAUACGAUUCGAAUCGAGCGUGACGCGAAAGAGCGACAAAGUGAGCGACAGUAACAUAAUUGGUAACACUUAAGUAGUUGCAACAAACAAAAUUGAAGUCUUACUAAACGACGACUGACCAUAUUACCCUACUAUAUUCUAACUCAAUAAGUGGUCAACCCUAAACGUUAUUCACGUAUGGUGUAACAUUUUGUUGCAAGGAAUGAAGCAUCGUAGUAGGAGUAACGGGUAACGUGCUUCAUGCUCUGUUAAACCUACGCCUAUCGUCAACUCUAGGUAUAGAUAGAUAAAAGAAAUAAAUUAAAGCAAGAGUAUAACGCAACAUUCGAGGAGAGAAAAGAAUAUCGAAAAGGAGAAGUUUACGCGUUUACGAGGGGUGUCGCAUGCGUAAAAUUAUCCGCACUUUAUCAACCGGCGAAAAAAGGAAUAUAACAAGACAACAUUUUGGGCGCUAAUUGGCAGGAAUGACGCAUGGUCGUUAUAAUUGCUUGAACGACCCUAAACAUCAUGGGGCAUGUACAAUCUCGUGAAAUCCGGCGAUCGAUCUAGUCUACAAUUUGCGUCUUUCCGAUGACAAAAGACAGUCAAAUUUGGAGAAUGAGAAAAGUUUAGUAUGAGAAGGGGAGAGAGAAGGAGAGAGAAAGAGAGAGAGAGAGAAACAGGGAUGUCGUCAGGCACGCCUAAUAAUUCUCCGAGGGCGACGCGCGACGUGUACGUGUCAGCGCGUCGCGACGCGCCCGUCUGUCUCCUCGAACCCAAAACACACACACCAAACUAAAACUCUCCCCCUUAGCUUUGAAAAUUCUUCUUCUUCUUUUAAAAAAAUCCAUUAUAUUAUCCGUCCGAAGAUAAAUAGAUAACAACCAUCCUAUAAGCUUCCUAUAAACAUCUUAUAAAUAUAUUUGUCUGUUGUUCAUCUUUUCUUAUUCUAAAUCCGCAUACUGUUUAAUAAUGAAAAAGUCAAAAUAUUAGUACAUAGCAAGUUUAAGAACGCCAUAACGUCACGGCGACCGCUGUUAUAAGUUUUCUAUAUUACGACGUUUACUAAAAAAAAAAAAAAAAUAAUAAAUUUACUUAGCCGAUGAGAUCAGCACACUUCUCGUGCAACCCUCUUUUCGUUGGGUUCUUCGUUUUCCGAUUUUGUCAAUGAUUUAUCAUUGAUUUAAUAAUGAAAUCUAUUUAAUGAAUAAUAAAAAUGACAUUAAAAGCCAAAAAAGAGGCUUAAGCGAUUUAUUAAACAUACGCCUUCGCGGAAAUAAAUAGGUUCUCAGAUCUGUCGUUAGACGCGCACAGAUAGGCCUUUUCGCUUCUAAGAUCUGAGUCUUACAGUGCACGCGAAAGACUAUAAAACAAAAUGUAAGUAGAAAUGUUUGAAAACCAAUGAGCGCCUAAUGAAGGUGGAGCUUGCGAAGAAAAUCUCCACCUACUCUUAAAAUGCUCUAUUUCUCCUCUUCUCGCAUGUCUCACUGCGUCGCUUCUGAUGACUACCAAGGGAGAGAGAGAAACAGAGAAAAAGAUGCGAAGAGACAAGAGAGGAGAAUCUUUCAGUAUGUCUCAAGUCGGUUUAGUAAGUUGAUAUCCCGGUACCCCAAGUAAUAUCUUCUCUCUUUUGCGUUUUUUCAAGUUCUUGCUUUUCGGUGAAACGCGCAAAAUAAAUUCUUUCUUAAAAAUGAAAAUUUGAUACAAGUUUUAUGCAUGUAAAACAGCAAUUAACAUAGUAUAACAUCUUGUGAAUUCGAUAGAUUAAACAGCGCAAAAAAAGAUUUAUACGAUCAGCAUUUCGUUGAUUAUCACAAUCAAGCUGUGUAAUAGGUAAUUCGUAUAAAAUUAAAUGAUACUCUACAAAUCGAUAAUAGCAAAGUUUUGUUCCUUUCAUUGGUAUCAUAGUCAAAAAGGUAUCUAUUUUCUAAGAUAUAUGACGGACAAAAUAUCGUUAUGCUUUGACGGUAACAUUGUUCAAUCGAUGAAACCAAGUGAAUUAACGUUAAGGUGACAUAAAAAAGAAGAAUAAAAUAGAAAAUAUUUAAGAAUCAUUCAAACGAACUGAGAGUAAAAUGAUCGGCGCGAAUAUGGAUCAGGAUGGUAAUAACAUAAUAGCGUCGCAAUCAACGAAUCCUCAUGCGUCACAAGAUUUCACUGUUUCACGACUAUUAUCAACGUCGACGAUGCAUUCGUUAGAAUGUCACACAGAAGGAACAUCGACAAGCAGGAGACCAAGGAGAAGUAGGACAACCUUCUCGGCGCAACAGCUGGCCGCUUUGGAAAGAGUUUUCGAAAGGACACAUUAUCCCGAUGCUUUUGUUCGCGAGGAACUUGCUACUAGAGUAUCUUUAUCGGAGGCAAGAGUUCAGGUAUGGUUUCAAAAUAGACGCGCCAAAUUCCGGCGAAAUGAAAGAAGCUCGGCUCUUAAUCGCAACACGUGUACAAGCAGAGAACUAGAAACUACCACCUUACCACUUCGAUCGAUAAGAGUAAGCAACCACACGCACGGAAACAAUACGGAAAACAAUACGUUCCAAGCACAACAAUUUCCGCAAUAUUCCUAUAGCGAAUAUUGGAGAUCGCCUCAACAUUACACCGCCGUUCAAAGUAGUAAUUGUCACGGAUUUGUCAACGCCAAUCUUGGAAAUGUGACUGCUUUACCAUCGUAUCAUCAAUCAACAGAAAUUCACAGUGCCGUCGAAGGAACGACUAUAACUGGUCUAAGCGCAUUGAGAUUGAGAUCACAUCCUUAUAGUGCUACCUAUUCCGCCAUGCACGCAAGCAUGUGACUCUUUCUAAAUAAUGAUAAAACGAAGAAACGCUACGAUUCAAACCUAGAUGCCUUCGAUAAUACUUUUUUAUGGUGCUUUAUAUACUUUCUGUGCUUGCUUCCAAAAAAUUUGAGCGUUUGCACAGA